CAUCGACCACGUCGUCUCACCCUGCCGGACCCAACGACAACCUCACCCGCUCAAUCUCCACACGCUCGAACACGCCCUCUCCCAGGUCCUCAGCAUGGCCUGGCACGAUGCUGACAGCUGGCUCACGCUCGCCUUCGCGCCACACCCGGGCACGCUCGCGCUGGCGCUGCUCGUCGUGAUUACGCUGCCGAUCCUGCUGCAUGCCUACAUCUACCGCCGCCGCGCGCCCGACAGCUUGCCGACGUUUCUGCUGAUUGGGCCCAGCAGCGCGGGCAAGACGAGCUUGCUGACGCUGCUCUCCCACGGCACCCCCUCCGCAACCCACACCUCCUCGACCCCGACAGCCGCGAGUCUAGCCCUCCCUAUCACUACGACACCCGCCUCCUCCCGCUACCGGUCGAACAACGACCCCUCCGCUGACCGUGCACGCAAGUUCCGUCUGCUCGAUACCCCCGGCCACGGGAAGCUGCGCCACUACGCGCUCUCGACCCUCGCGAAGACCGGACCAGGGGGCGCGCUCAAGGGCAUAAUCUUCGUGCUGGAUGCCGCAGCGUUAGGGGAAGACGCAGGGGCGGCGGAGGCUGGAGAGUAUUUGCAUGACAUCCUGCUACUGUUACAGAAACGGCAUACGGGGAACAAAACCUCAAAAGGGCCAACCGCGAUCCCUGUGCUAGUAGCGGCGAAUAAAAUGGAUCUAUUUACGGCGUUGCCAGAGAGUCUGGUGAAGAUUCGGUUAGAGAAGGCAGUUGAGGAAGUCAGGAAGACUAGGGGGCGGGCGCUUAAGGAUUCGGGAAUUGAGUUGAGUGCUGGGGACGGGGAGGAGGAGGAGCGGGAGGGGUUGGCAGAUGGGUAUGAAGGCGCUUUUAAUUUCAAGAUGUUGGAGGAUUCGGAUAUUGAGGUCAAGGUUGCCGGGGGGAGUGUGAAGGGGGAUAAAGGGGAGGGGGCAGAUGUGCAGGAAUGGUGGGGAUGGGUUGGAGAACAAUUGUAAUUUUGGAAAUGGACAAGGGGCUUUUUUGAAUAGCGAAGGGUGGAAGAUUGAAUAGGACAGGGUGUAUUGGUACGAUAGC